AUGGUGAAAGAGCUGACUAUGUCGAUGCAUUUGGCACAGGUAUUGGAACCACUCCACGUCAUUGUUUCAAUUAUUUCGCAGAUCAGAGCCCGCUUACACGCUUACAGUCAUGAACCGGACUCAAACCAGAGCAAGAGGAUUUUGGAGUUGAUUAUAAUCGAGCGAAAAUUAGAAGUAGUAUUAAAUCAGCUGAUUGAGGAGUACGGCAAGGACAUUAUUCGUAUAUUUUACAUUUCGACGGGAAGGAUGACGUUAUCGCUGUCCACCUCACUAAUCUUCCUUAUUCCAGAAAGAUAUGGAGAUUUUUUUUUCCUGAUUCCUGUAUUUUUGUUCUUAAUAAUAGCUAAUAUGUACAGGGUCUGGUCAGUGGCGGACGCUGCUCAGUUCGUGAGGUAUCAGAUAUUGUGGGAAAAGUGCACAUCAGAAAGUGGACCAGGAUCGGACAUGUCAUCAGAAGGAAUCCAAGGUAUAUGUGAGGAAGAGAGGACGCCCGCCGACAGACUGGUACAAGCAGAUGAAGAAGACCUGCGGAGGAGCAGCCUGGAAGAGAAGAGUAGCAUUGGAGAGGAAAGAAUGGAAACGGAUGGGACAGGUUCAUUACCUAGUUUGAUUGCAAAAGAGCAAGAACAAAAAAGUCGAACUCAAAACCUCAACUAA